CGGGAGUCGCUCAGAGUGUUUUUUUUCUUCUCCUGCUCUAUCGCUCUCUCUUCGCAUUUGCGCUCUCCAUUAGUGAGGUGACAGGAUACUUCUCUGUCUCUCCAUAUUUUCUCUCUUUCUCGCUCCCCCUCUCUCUCUUCCUCCUCAGCUUCCUCUAACAGCAGGGAUGUAGUCCUCUGCCUCUUUCAAACUUCAGCACCUGCGAUGCUGUGAACUCCUUGGUGACCUCUAUUGAUUCUAUUGAGACCUUUUUUGUCUCUCGCUCCUUACUGAGAUAUUUUGCUGCACUUGUUUGAGAGGAUCUAAGAGGACCCUUAUUGGGUUUGGAAGGUGUUUGAUUUCUUUCUAUACCCUGGUGGAACUACAGGACCAUGGCCAUGAAGGAGACCAUUCUGCCCAUCAGCGAGGUGUCUGGCCCGGCCCCGUUGCCCUACCCGGAGGUAGUGGAGCUCAACGUGGGCGGCCAGGUGUAUGUCACGAAGCGCUCCACCCUGGUCAGCGUGCCUGACACCACCCUGCACGCCAUGUUCACCCGGUGCCCGCCACGGGAGCUGCCAAGGGACAGCCGCGGGCGCUUCUUUAUCGACCGCGAUGGAUUUCUGUUCCGCUACGUGCUGGACUUCCUGCGAGACCGCCAGCUGGUGCUGCCCGACCACUUCCCUGAACGUGAGCGCCUGCAGAGGGAAGCCGAGCACUUCCAGCUGGGCGAACUGCUGCGCCUCCUGGGGCCCCGGGUGGGUUCCAAGCAGGGCUCCAUGAAUGAUGAAGGCUGCCACAGCGAUAUUGAGGAGAGCUCACAAAGCAGUGAGUACCCCACAGGUCGUACCUUGACUUCCUCGGACAAGAGGUCAGGGUUCAUCACCAUCGGCUACAGGGGAUCCUACACCACGGUGCGGGACAACCAAGCCGAUGCCAAGUUCCGACGCGUGGCCAGGAUCAUGGUGUGUGGACGCAUCGCUCUGGCCAAAGAGGUGUUUGGGGAAACACUGAACGAGAGCCGGGACCCAGACCGGCCACCGGAGAAGUACACGUCAAGGUUUUACCUCAAGUUCACCUACUUGGAGCAGGCAUUUGACCGGCUUUCUGAGGCGGGCUUUACAAUGGUGGCUUGUAAUUCCACGGGAACAGCCGCUUUUGUCAACCAGUACAGGGACGACAAAAUCUGGAGCAGCUAUACGGAGUACAUCUUCUUCAGAGCUGAUCGUGGACUUAAGGAAACGGCAGAGGGAGCACCCCCCUAUCCACAUCAACGGUACAGCAGUGGAGAAGGUGGAGAGCUUCAAGUUCCUUGGCGUACACAUCACUGACAAACUGAAACGGUCCACCCACACAGACAGUGUGGUGAAGAAGGCGCAACAGUGCCUCUUCAAACUCAGGAGGCUGAAGAAAUUUGGUUUGGCACCUAAAACCCUCACAAAGAUCAUCAAGGACAACAACCACCCGAGCCACUGCUUGUUCACCUCGCUAUCAUCCAGAAGGCGAGGUCAGUACAGGUGCAUCAAAGCUGGGACAAAGAGACUGAAAAACAGCAAUCACUAGCACAUUAGAGACUGCUGCCUAUAUACAUACAAUUGAAAUCACUGGCCACUUUAAUGAUGGAACACUAGUUACUUUAAUAAUGUUUACAUAUUUUGCAUUACUCUUCUCAUAUGUAUAUACUGUAUUCUAUCCUAAUCUACUGUAUCUUAGUCUAUGCCACUGACAUUGCUCAUCCAAAUAUAUAUAUAUAUAUUCUUAAUUCCAUUCCUUUACUUCAGAUUGUGUGUAUUGUUAGGUAUUACUUGUUAGAUAUUACUACACUGUUGGAGCUAGAAACACAUGUAUUUCGCUACACCCGCAAUAACAUCUGCUAAACACGUGUAUGUGACAAAGAAAAUUUGAUUUGAUUUUGAAUAUCGAUAAGGCCUAAAGAGACAGUGUAUGAUAAUAAACAAAUUCAGAAAAAAACGAAACAACUUGUUUUAAAUAGGUUGUUUGAAUACGGUUACAGAUAUCCUAAUUGCUCCCCGUGCUCCCCCGCACAUAAUACAGAGAAGGCAACAUAGACUAUGGAGGGUUUUACGCACAUCCAACAUUUCACAGGAGCUGGACAAAGAUGCAAUAUAAAGACAAAGGGGGAAUGUCCACUCACUGUUAUACUGCUCAUGAAUGUAAUGUUUUAUAAACAUCAUGGAACCAUCCUAUAGGUCAUAUUUGCACUUCUCCAGAAAUAGCAGAUGAAAUUAUAAACAUGGAACAGGAAAAAUGCUAUGUUUGUGCCUGUGAACCUUGUAGUCGUGAACAUAAAAAAACAUCCUGUGUAUAUGCUCAAUAGGUUUGGAGUGUUGACAGUCAACAUUGUUGUAAUUGGCUUCUAUGAGUAUAGUCCUUUACGCAUCACACUUCUCCUCAAACUAAAAAUACUAGGCUCCUGUAAAUUGUAUGUGUGAGGCGCGUUCUCAAAAACCAAGGUAUAGCCUACCGUUGAUAAUAUAUUAGAUAAUGAAAACGAAAUAGUUAGAAAAUGCAAACAUUUAUUUUAUGGAAAAGAGAUGUGUGUUUCUGGAGGAUGCACGAUGCUGCCUUGUUGACAAAAUGACCAAGCGGGCGUAGAUUACUAUUCAAUUUGAGAAGGGCGCUCCUCCCUCUCCACUUUCACCGAUGACACGAGGGGCCUUUGCCAGGUUCAACCCAAGCCGGCAUAAAAUAACUCCCUCAUUUAAGUAUGUUUAAAUGCACAGUAAUAAUUCGAUAUUAAACUGAUUAUGUCAGUAGGCAGAUAAUGCAAUAGUCAUUGAGCACGGUUACAUGCACACAAUAAUGCGAUUAUUGUGGCUAGUCAGGUUAAUAAAAUAGUUAUUUUAAAACCUUUACAUGCUUUGCAAGAAAACCAGGUGUUUUAAAUCGGCAUAUGCUUACUUCGAUUAUGACCUCAUGCAGAUUUAAGAUGAGCAAAGUAAGGUGUUUACAUGACCAUAAUCAGUUUAAUAUCAAAUUAUUACUGUGCAUGUAAACAUACUAAUUUAAACCGCUUACUAUUAAUCGACUUAAGGUCAAUCGAAGUAAGCAUACGCCAAAUAAAACACCUGUUUUCUGAGCAAUCUUCCAGCUGUGUAGUUGAUCUACACAUGUGCUAGCCCCAGCUGAGCGUGCCUCCCUCUUUAGUGCAAGUGAAGUGAGUUCGGAACAACUGAAUGUAUCUCUUUUAGAAGUAGUUUUCACAUACAAACGUUCUAUGUCCGAAUUCAGAAUCAAAUAUGCUUCCCAAAAAAAACAUGGUCGCUGUAGUAGAAAAUGUAUUUGAUUGCCGAUUUUCUGCAUUUAUCAGAGUGCCAUCAGGUAGCCUGAUUUCAGAAGUGUCCAUGUUAACAGGAUUGUCAGGGAAAUCUUUCUUCUUGCAUGUAAACAUUUUAAUUGAACUAUUUUAUUAAUCUGGCUAUCCACAAUAAUCACAUAAUUGGGUACAUGUAACCAUACUCAGUGAGUCUGGAUCUGAGUACCUCCUGACCCUUCACCGAAUGCAAACAAAUGUGGGGCGUCUGAUUGGUCCAAAAACCAAUGGGUUGAGCUAGAACACAUGCGGGUGAAGCGGCAGUUUGAAAAUGUGUCAUUGGCUUUGAUAGUCUGAUUGGUUGGAGACAAUCCAAUCGCUGAUGACUUUGUUUUAUACAAUGCCCCACAAACGACUUCAAUGCUGGCAGUCUCAGACUAAAGCAUGCAGCGAACGACAGAGUAACGGAAUAAUUUAGUUUGAGUCCUCAGGCUAAAUUCGCACCCCUUCUUGCCUGUGCCCUCGUUCACACAACCCUCAAAGAUUUACAAGCUGUAACGGUCGUCCUCCUCCUCUUCGGAUGAAGAGGAGGAGUAGGGAUUGGACCAAAGCGCAGCGUGAUUGUUUGACAUAAUGAAGUUUAUUAAAGAAAAGACGAAAACCGAAAACACUUCAACAAAUUACAAAAUAACAAACGAACGUAGACAGACCUGAACUAUGAGCACUUACAAAAUGAUGAAGAACGCACGAACAGGAACAGACUACAUACACGAACGACAAAACGAAACAGUCCCAUGUGGUGCACAUACACAGACACGGAAGACAACCACCCACAAACAAACAGUGUGAACAGCCUACCUUUAUAUGGUUCUCAAUCAGAGUAAAACGUCAAACACCUGUCCCUGAUUGAGAACCAUAUAAGGCUAAUUACAAACGACCUAAACAUAGAAACACAAAACAUAGAAUGCCCACCCCAACUCACGUCCUGACCAACUAAACAAAUACAAAAAUAACAGAAAACAGGUCAGGAACGUGACACAAGCAGUGGAUUGGUGUAACUGUAUUGAUAAACAUUUAAUCUACAUCUUUACAAUCCUUUUACAUCUUUGAGGGGCGUGAAGGCGAGUGGCAGGGCGUAGCAUGGAAUGGGAUGCGGCUCAAAAAGGACAAAAAAUUACCUAAACUGCCACUCGUUUUCAACAAGUUUAACAUAGGAUAUCGAUUGUUUGAUACCAAAAAUAAAAAAUAUCUUGCAGGAGUGUUAAUAUAAACAAUUUGGCAAAGUAAUUAUUAACCACCAUCAAGGCACGCAAAUUACAUAGGCAAUAAAAUGUGAACCUCGUUAUGAAUGGACAAAACAUUAGCUCCAUUACUUUCCAAUACAAUCGCUGAUUGUAAAUGACAGCUUUAUAGCACUGCGUUACUAGCUAGCUAACUAAUCAUUUUGUGUGUAAACCAGCCUGAUUUAAUUGAUCUGUAGAAUGUUAUCUUGAGUGGGCCAACAAAUGGAAGUUCCAUAUUGCAUUGGGCAUGCUAGCUAGCUAACAUGUAAAUUAAAAAAAAAAAAAAAUGGAAAUGAACAUCCGUAUUUGCCUUCAGUAAUCAUAUAUGUUUACAUUACAAUAAACUAAAGGGUUUUCCAAACUUAAGGAAGAUGAGUAGUGGUGGAGAGUAGAUUAUUAUUUUUUUCUUCACCUUAAUUUAACCAGGUAGGCCAGUUGAGAACACGUUCUCAUUUAGAACUGCGACCUGGCCAAGAUAAAGCAAAGCAGUGCGACAAAAACAACAACACAGAGUUAACACAUGGGAUAAACAAAGGUACAGUCAAUAACACAAUAGAAGAAUCUACAGUGUAUGCAAAUGUAGUAAGAUCAGGGAGGUAAGGCAAUAAAUAAGCCAUAGUUACUCCAGGUGUCGACUCCCAUUUCGGGGUGUCAACAUUUGAUUUCUCUUGGAAUCGACUUCGAAGAUUUAGUAUUUUUUUAAUGGAGGAGAUUAGUUGCCGUACUUCUGAGAACACAAACACUUGCAUCCUUCAUAUCGAGCAAGGUAUGGAGAGCGAGUGGGGCAGGUCGGCAGGUCGGCCACAGGCAGACAGUCAGAACAGUGCACUACAGUGGUUCUUCAUUUAAAAGAUGUGGCGCACUGCAGCACAGCUUGUGGGGUGCUGCAGAAUUCUAUGCCACGUUAUUUAAGUGUCAGCUAUUGUUGCCAGAAUUACGCAAUUUACCACAAUCUGACACCAUCUACCACAAAAGGUCAGGUCAUAAACUCAAAACUUUUAAAGGAAGAGCCACUGUAGGCCUAUCAAAAGCUGUGACUUGCAAUGGAAUGCUGUAUCUUGUCAUUUCUUGGCUUGCAAUGUCUCGCAAAUUCAGUAAAGCAGGGCCUGUCAUCAAUGAAUCGGCUAGGAUAUUCUGCACUCAAAAGACCGAAGACUGAACACACACUAGCAUCAUUAGCAAAGCGGAGGCGAGCCAGAUCGAGGGAGAGAGAGGAGGGGGCAGACAGGCAGGCAGAAAACAUUUCUUGGUAACCUGUAUCUCGUAAUUUCUUGACAUGCAUGCCUCACAAAUGCAUGCCUCUCUGGUUUUAUCACAUUUUACAACAUUCCCCAGGCCGUUAGCCUAAUAUCUAGUUUGUCUAUAGGCCUAACACGGAAACUAAUGUUUUGUGAUAACUGCACUGUGAUUUUAAUUUUGUGGGGGAAAAACAAAGAUAACAGUUUUCAGAUAAGGAUUUUUCCUAAUGUUAUGGAUCCCAACUUCACACCCCAAAUAAAAUCCCCAAUUCAAAUAAUUUCAAAUGUUAUUUGUCACAUACACGUGUUUAGCAGAUGUUAUUGCGGGUGUAGCGAAAUGCUUGUGUUUCUAGCUCCGACAGUGCUGUAAGAUGUAACAAGUAAUAUCUAACAAUUGCAUAACAUAUAGCUAAUGCACACAAAUGUAAGUAAAGGAAUGGAAUUAACAAUAUAUAAAUAUAUGGACGAGCAAUGUCAGAGCAGCAUAGACAACAAUAGAAUAGCAUAGAAUACAGUGUAAACAUAUGAGAUGAGUAAUGCAAGAUAUGUAAACAUUACUAAAGUGACUAGCGUUCCAUUUAUUAAAGUGGGCAGUGAUUUCCAGACAAUGUAUAUAGAAAGCAACCUCUAAUGUGCUAGUUCUAGUUUUUUAACAGAUUGAUUUCCUUGAAAUAGAAGCUGUAUUUCAGUCUCUCGGUCCCAGCUUUGAUGCACCUGUACUGACCUCGCGUUCUGGAUGAUAGCGGGGUGAACAGGCAGUGGCUCGGGUGGUUGUUGUCCUUGAUGAUCUUUUUGGCCUUCCUGUGACAUUUCCAACAAUGAACGGCGCCGAUAUCUGAACGCUUAUUGUGGGCCACAUCACGUUUAUUAGUGCUCACAUUCUAGGGCAAUGGACAACAUUCAAUGUCCUUGAAGUAGCAGAGUUUGCUUUGUCAAUUUUGGUAGUCUUAUGUUUGAUGAUUUUUUAAAAAUGCAAUAGUAAUUAUACACUUACUUUUUUCAAAAAGCAAUGGCUGAUAAUCACACCUCACAAAAACAAAAUAAAUAUUCAAUGGAGUUGCCACUGACAAGCAGAAAUAUAUAAUCUUCCACCUUCCCAGGCCCCUUGGACGUGUUCUACAACCUGACAAAAGAUAACUAGGCAGCCAGCUCCCACGGGGCAGCAACACAUCACACUAAAGCCGGCCGACAGGCCCUGUCGACCCCGCUGCCCCCUGCCCCUGUGUGCCUGCUCUCCCCCCGUCAAGCCUCCCCUUUCCGUCAAAGCCUUCACGUCCAAUGGGACCAAGCCAAGAGUUCUUCAUUAGCAGCAGGGAAACGUGACUGGGGGAGGUGAGACAGGGGUCUGGCAACAAGUCAGGGAGCAAAAUGUCUGGAACUGUAGACAGUCAUAAUGUAGACUGAGCAUUUUGUCUUCAUGAACACCUUUCAGUCCCCUGAAGUCUUUGCAGGUAUACAAACACACAUUCAGACACACAUACACAAUGAUACACAAGCACACAUAGCAUACAUCCACACAGACACACCACGUACGCACAAACACGCACACACACUCCCCUCUUUCUCAGUAUUUAUUUGUAUCGAUUAGAAUGGUCCAAUCUGUUUAGAUUGGAGCAGUCCCCCCCUCCACAAAUCAUUCCCUAUUCCCCAGACAUACCUCACCCCUAGAUACACCCAACAAAAAACCCAUCUAUCUGCCCUCAGGCAGUUUUCGAUCCUUCAAUCAUUUCUCUUCCAAUGAAACCAAGGGGCUCUAUUUUCGGCUGUUGUUAAGGCAGCACUAAUGUCAAACGCUCGCUCUUUGGCAAAGCCAGCUCUCUGCUAUUUGGGUUGGAUAUCAGCUCGCUUGAACUAAGGUGGGAGGGGUGGAAAUAUUUGAGGUGUGUCCUUAAAAAUGCCAAUUUGCUCACCAAAAGCUGGUCUUAGCAGUAAUGUAAUUAGUUAUGGCAUCGAUUUUGCCAGCGGAGACACACAGUAGCCUAAUCAGUAGCCUAUAAACAAUGUUUUAUUAAAAUAUCAGAAGCAGCAAAACAGUCAACAGACAUUCUUUUCAUUGGACAGUAUAAUUGUCCAUGAAGCUUCUGUGAAAACUUUGGACUCAUUAGGCCUAUGUGCGAUGCCAGGGAACUGAAAGGGGGCAGCAGGUAGCCUAGUGUUUAGAGCGUUGAGCCGUAAGGUUGCUGGAUUGAAUCCCUGAGCUGACAAGGUAAAAAUAUGUCGUUCUGCCUCUGAGCAAGGCAGUUAACCCACUGUUCCCCAGGCACCGUAGAUGUCGAUUAAUUAAGGCAGGAGUUGGGUUAAAUGUGGAAGACACAUUUCAGUUGAAUACAUUCAGUUGGACAACGAACUAGGUUCCCCCCUUUCCCCUAACGAAUGAAAGGUGUCUGAAAUCUUUUUAGGACAUCAAAUCACAUUUUAUUUGUCACAUGCUCCGAAUUCAAGGCUUCGAAUACCGUGAAAUGCUUACUUACAAGCCCUUAACCAACAAUGCAGUUCAAGAAAAUAUUUACUAAAUAAACUAAAGUUAAAUUUUUUUUUUUUUUUUUUUAAGUAACGCAAGAAAAUUACAUAACAAUAACAAGGCUAUAUACAGGGGGUACCGGUACUGAGUCAAUGUGCAGGGGUACAGGUUAGUCGAGGUAAUUUGUAAAGUGACUAUGCAUAAAUAAUAAACAGCGAUUAGCAGCAGUGUAAAAACAAAUGGGGGGAGGGGGUCAAUGUAAAUAGUCCGGGUGGCCAGUUGAUUAAAUGUAGAGCAGUCUUAUAGCUUGGGGGUAGAAGCUGUUAAGGAGCCUUUUGGUCCUAGAUUUGGCGCUCUGGUACCGCUUGACGUGCGGUAGCUGUCACGCCUAGUAUAUAGGUCCUGCAUGUCAGGAAGCUUGGCCCAAGUGAUAUACUGGGCCGUAGGCAACACCAUCUGUAGCGCCUUACGGUCGGAUGCCAAGCAGUUGCCAUACCAGGCAGUGAUGCAACCGGUCAGGAUGCCCUUGAUGGUGCAGCUGUAUAACUUUUUGAGGAUCUGGGGACCCAUGACAAAUCUUUUCAGUCUCCUGAGGGGGAAUUGGUGUCGUGUCCUCUUCACAACUGUCUUGGUGUGUUUGGACCAUGAUAGUUUGUUGGUAAUAUGGACACCAAGGAACUUGAAACUCUUGACUGCUCCACUUCAGCCCCGUCGAUGUUAAUGGAGGCCUGUUUGGCCCUCCUUUUCCUAUAGUCAAUGAUCAGCUCCUUUGUCUUGAUCACAUUAAGGGAGAGGUUGUUGUCCUGGCACCACACUGCCAGAUCUCUGACCUCCUCCCUAUAGGCUGUCUCUGUCGGUGAUCAGGCCUACCACUGUUGUGUCGCCAGCAAACUUAAUGAUGGUGUUGGAGUCGUGCUUGGCCACGCAGUCGUGGGUGAACAGGGAGUACAGGAGGGGACUAAGCACACUUGGCAGAUGUGUUGUUGCCUACCCUUACGACCUGGGGCGGCCCGUCAGGAAGUCCAGGAUCCAGUUGCAGAGGGAGGUGUUUAGUCCUAGGGUCCAUCACUUAAUGAUGAGCUAUGUGGGCACUAUGGUGUUAAACGCUGAGUUAUAGUCAAUGAACAGCAUUCUCACAAAGGCGUUCUUUUUGUCCAGGUGGGAAAAUGUGGAGUGCGAUUGAGAUUGCGUCAUCUGUGGAUCUGUUGGGGCGGUAUCCAAAUUGGAGUGGGUCUAGGGUUUCCGGGAUGAUUGUGUUUGUGAGCCAUGACCAACCUUUCAAAGCACUUCAUUGCUACCGACACGAGUGCUACGGGGCUGUAAUCAUUUAGGCAGGUUACCUCUGCUUUCUUGGAUACAGGGACUAUGGUGGUCUUUUUAAAACAUAUACAGUUGACGUCAGAAGUUUACAUACACUUAGGUUGGAGUCAUUAAAACUCAUUUUUCAACCACUCCACACAUUUCUUGUUAACAAACUAUAGUUUUGGCAAGUCGGUUAGGACAUCUACUUUGUGCAUGACACAAGUCAUUUUUCCAACAGUUGUUUACAGACAGAUUAUUUAACUUAUAAUUCACUGUAUCACAAUUCCUGUCAUGUUUUGUCAUUUGAGUAUCAUGUCUUGUCCCUGUGCUUCCCUUCCAUUUGUCUCCCUCUGCUGGUCUUAGUAGGUUCUUUCCCUCUUUCUAUCCCUCUCUCUUCCCCUCCCUCUCUUCCUCUCUCGCUCUCUCUCUAUCGUUCCGUUCCUGCUCCCAGCUGUUCCUCAUUCUCCUAAACUACCUCAUUUAAUCUUUCACACCUGUCCCCUAUUUUGCCCUCUGAUUAGAGUUCCUAUUUCUCCCUCUGUUUUCCGCUUCUGUCCUUGUCGGAUCUUUGUUUGAGGUUUGCUGUUCUGUGUCGG